UUUGCAAACCGCUAUAGAAAUUGAUAUAAAAUGCCGAUUCUGCACAUCCCAAUAAUCAGUUGAAAUCAAUAGUUUAUGAGCCAAGCUUCGAAUAUGAGGACUAACUUUGGAUAUUUUGUUGUGAUUUGUGUUUUGGGGUGCUAUGCCAGUGCCGAGGAUAAAAGUGUGGAUUGCACUAAGUCACCACCUUUCGUUCCACUGCACAUGUGCUGCCACGUGCCUGACCUUAGUACCAUAGCGCUGAAGGAACAAUGUGCUGAAUUUGCCAAACCGCCGACACCACCACCGAUGGGACGUGGCGGUCCAGCAAAGGUUGAUCAGUCACAUCCAACGCAUAUGCAUGAACUACAUCUACAUCCCUGCCUGAUCGAGUGCAUUUUCAAUAAAACCGAAGUGUUUGGCGAGAAUGGUGAACCCGAUGUUGACAAAUUUAGCGCUCUGCUCGACACAACCGUUAAGGAUAAUAAGGAAUUGGCCGCCAUUAUGGAAGAAUCAUUCGAGACUUGCGCAGAGAAGUUGAGCGAUUUGAAGGCGAAGAUGGUCGAAGAGAAGAGUAAAAAUCCGAAAUAUGCCGAAAAAAUGGCUACUCAAAACAUGCAAAUGGGAUGUUCGCCCUUCGGUGCCAUUCUAAUGGAUUGUGUUAAUAUGGAGACAUUCAAAAAUUGUCCCGCUUCUGCUUGGAAUGAUAGUACGGAAUGUAACACGGUGCGUGACUUUAUCAAGGAGUGUGAACAUGUUUAAAUUAACGAAGUUCUUUGAUUAAGAAUUAUUGUCGGAGAGUUUUGGAGAAAGACGAUAGCAAAUUAUUGCAAUAUUAGAAACAGGAAUUUAAUUUAUUAACCUUAUAUAUGAAAUAAAGUCGUAAUUUCCGAAGUAAGCCUCAUU